AUCUAUCUCUCUCUCUCCCCUAAGUUUCGAUAAAAGUUAGGAACACGUCCAUAGAAAUACCCCAUCUGUUUGAUUCCUCUCCAUUUUUCUUCCCCAUAAAUCUACCUCAUUCAUCUCUCUCCUCCGUCUCGACGGUUACGCCGCCGCUUCCUGCUUAAAAAUCCCAACUUUAACAAACCCAGUAAGUUUCAGAGUAGAAAUAUGGCACCAAAGGAGAUUGAAAAUGAUGAUGAUUUGAAACUGUUUCUUGAGAUGCGCAAUCAUGAUAAGGAGAAUAACUUACUUGUUCAUGAUUCUGAUGAUUUUAAUGAUAAAUCAGCAUCAUCGGAUGACAGUUCUGGCAAACCUAAGACAACCUUGGUUUUGUCGAUUGGAGAUGUUACAGCUGAUGAUUUCCUAAACUCUGAAGCUGCUAAAACUGAUUAUGAUUGGUUGAUCUCUCCACCUGCAACUCCAUUGUUUCCUUCCUUAGAUAUGGAACUUGUAACCAAAUCUGAAUCUACAGAAAUCAAAAUUUUGAAUCCUAAGCAGACAGCAUUGUCAAAUGGUUCGAGCUCUUAUAAUGCUGGUGUAAAGAGAAGACCAUCUUCAUCUUCUUCUUCUAGACCUGCAACACCAACAACAGGAAGAGCUACAGCUACUACAUUUCCUGCAAUCAUCAAGUCUUCUUCAAGACCUUCCACGCCUACUUCACGACCAACAAUGGCGGCUAGAUCAUCAUCAUCAAAGGUGCCAUCCGUUAUUAAGCCUGGUUCAAGGUCAAUAACACCGGCAGGAACACAAAGACGGUCAUCUGCACCUUCUUCCUUACCAACUCGAGGAAUUUCUCCAUCUGUGAAAUCAAGGCCGUUGAAAACCUGUGAUGUUUCUAAUUCUAAACCAUUGAUGAAUCAAAGGCCAUCCUCAGCUGGACCACGAACAAGGAAUGGUGCUAAAACUAUUGUUGGGAAUUCCAUUUUUGUAAAGAGUAGAGCCCAAAUGAGAAUGGAUGAUGAUGAUGAAGUGAACCCGGUUUUGAUUGGGACGAAGAUGGUUGAGAGAGUUGUAAACAUGAGGAAGUUAGCUCCAUCAUCAACAUCAUCAUCAUCAUCUGGAGAUGGGUCUGGAUUUGGAAGGUCCUUAUCCAAGAAAUCAUUGGACAUGGCUAUAAGGCAUAUGGACAUACGAAGAAGUAUUCCAGGAAAUCUUCGACUUAUCAAGACAAACAAUGGUCAAAACUCAUCUAUUCAAAGCAAUAGUUCUUCAGAUUCAUCAUCGAAAAGCAGGGGAGAAAGUUUUUCAGACUCUCCUCUUGCAACCAGUUCUGAACCACCCAGCUUUGAAGCUAGAAAUUAGCAAGCACCAGUCAGUUUGAAUGAAUGAUGUUUAACAGAAGAUGAGACCUUUCGCAUUAAUGGCUGAUUGAUAUUGAUGAUUUGAGAACAGUCAAAUGUUGCAUUGACUCCAUGUUCUUUGUAUGGAGAUUGUCAUCAAUUUCUGUUUCUUCUGCUUGAUGGGUUUCUUUUUCCAUUUUAUGAUUGUUUAUUCUGUGACUUUUUUGAGACUGAAAAGUUUGAUCUCUUUACUU